GAAAUAUUUAGGUGAUGGAGGUAGCGCUUAAAAUGGCGAUGGAGGGCAUUUGACACAAGUUCCAGAGAGAAUGAGGACACGCCGUCGUAACUACACGACAGCAACUGAGCCGUCGUCCUCGUUACCGGAAGCCCUCACAGUGAAGCCCAUAGUUCCAAAGUCGGGCACAAAAAGAAUCCAAUCAUGCAAUGCAAAAGGGAAAGGAACAAAGUCAAAGAAGAAGAAGAAGUGUAUAACAACAGGACUGUGGGAUCGACUUAUCCCCAAAGAUAUCCUGGAGGAGAUACUGUCCCGCCUCGGAUUAAAAGACAACAUACAAGCUUCCGCUGUCUGCAAGACAUGGUGUGAAUCAGCUGUUUCUGUCCGUAAGGUCCCGUGUCGCCCAUGGCUUCUUCAUCCAAUAGAUGACUGGAAACUUACUGGCAAUCCUUACCUCCUUGAUCCACUAAACCCUCAUCAUCCGUCUCAAAAAUAUAAGCUCAACUUCCCAUACAGGAGGUUUAAACCUGAUGGAAUGUCUUAUUCUAGGGAUGGUUGGGUGCUUGCGAAAUCAUCAACUCGCAUGUAUUCAUUACUUUUUAACCCCUUUACCAACAAGUUAAUCUGCUUACCCAAGGGGUCAGUCUAUCAUUUAAGGUCUCGCCUAGCUUUCUCAGCUGCUCCUACUUCCACUAGCUGUGUGGUAAUCUCCUAUGCUCGACUACCUACAACAGAAGAAUUUCUGAUCGAAACUUGGCAGCCUGGUGAAGACACAUGGACCACCCAUCGCUUUGAGAACUCUUUUCGUGGGUGGGACAAAUGUGUCUUCUCCAACGGUGUGUUCUACUUUCUCAGUACUUGUGGCUGCCUUGGUGUUUUUGACCCGUGUGAAGCAACGUGGAAUCUUCUUCCAGUGAAACCCUUUCUUUUCCCAGAGCCGGUCUUCAUCAUGGAGCAUGAAGGAGACAUCUUUGUUAUGUGUUCACGCCUCAACAGCAACAACCAUAUUGUGUUUAAACUAAACAUGAAACGAAAUGUAUGGGAAGAGAAGAGAGAUCUUGGAGGCUUGACAGUAUUUGCAAGUUCCACUGGCUCUUUUAUAAGAGCUUGUCUCUCCGCAGAGGAUAUGAACAGAAUAUAUCCUUCUCAUUUGAUUUAUGGCUCUUCUCGCCCUCCAAAAACCGAUUUAUCUAACCGGGUCGCUUGGGUAGAGCCACCUCAAAACUACAUGGAUUUGCUGUGACUUCUUUGUUUUUUUUUUGUAACUUUAUUUAUGUGUUUCCAAAGGGCUUAAUGUGAAUUAGUUUCAAGUCAGUGUUUUAACAUUGUAUCUCUGUGAACUGAACUACUUCCUAUUAAUCUGCAGUGUAAUGCCUAGUCUUUUCAGAAUUACACACAAGGGUUUC